AUGGCAGCCAUGGCCAAUGGAACCGCGAAUGGCGUGACCAACGGCGAUCAACUGGUUAGGCCUGUCAGCACUCGAUUUUCUGACAUCCCUUCCGCAAUCGAUAUUCCAGUUCAAGGAGAUCAGGAAGAUGAAGCUGUCGAAAUUGAUCUCGAAGACCUCUUGGACGACCCUACCGAACUUUGCACCCUAUUCGAGAACGAACGAGCCGCUAAAACCUACUGGAUGACGGUUGCGCUCGCGUAUGCAAAGCAGAAAAAGAUUGACCAUGCCAUUGAAAUGCUUAUCCGUGGCAGCGGCGCCAUCCAAAGCAGCAACCCACGCGAUAAGGUCAGCAUGAUUUGCUGCUUGUGCUGGAUGUAUCUAUGGAAGAGUCGCGAAGCACCACGUGUUGCGCCAGACGGGGUGCGAGUUUCCGAAGCGAAGACGAAAGAAUAUUAUCUCCAGCUGGCCACUUCAUCACUGAACGACGCUGCCCGGCUGAACCCCUCGUUUCCGCCCAUUUUCCUUGCCCGUGGCGUCCUAUUGCUCUUGCGAGCAUCGUUGCAGGCCCCCUCAAAGACGGCCGGAGGAAUCGGGUCUGAGAAGAAUGAAUUGCUGAAGACGGCAGUCAAAUCUUUUGAUGAUGCGCUUCGAGUAUCCCAAGGCAAGAAUAUGCUUGCUCUCAUGGGCAAGGCAAGAGCCUACUUCUCUAUGCACAAGUAUCCCGAUGCUUUGGCAACAUACCAGGAUGUUCUUCACAAGAUGCCUGAUUUGGUAGACCCUGAUCCCCGAAUCGGCAUUGGGUGCUGCUUCUGGCAACUGGGAUUCAAGGAGGACGCCAAGGUGGCAUGGGAGCGAAGCUUAGAAAUCAAUCCCGAUUCUAAAAUUGCCAACAUCUUGCUCGGUCUCUUCUACCUCGACGCCAGCGGUCAUGUGCCAGUUAACAGCGAUGAUUUCUUAAAACUAUACAGAAAGGCAAUGACGGAGUAUACGCAGAAGUCAUUCAAGUUGGAUAAGGAGGUCCCCAUCACUUGUUCUACCUUUGCUGGAUACUUUCUGUCAAGAAAGGCAUGGGAGAAUGCAGAAAAACUGGCGCACAAGGCCAUCCAGUACACGGAUGUCAACGCCAUUGCCAGUGAUGGCUGGUACCUGCUCGCCAGAAAAGCCCAUUACAAUGACGAUACGGAAAAAGCUAGCGACUAUUACCGUCGUGCCGAUGAUGCACGCGGAGGUGCGGACACAGGGUACCUACCAGCCAAGUUUGGUGUUGCUCAAUUGUCUGUCCUGAAGAACGAUCUCGGGGAAGCCAAGCUUCGUCUGGAGAAGAUGAUUCAGCAAUCGAAGAACCACGAAGCGAUGAUCUUGCUGGGAACACUUUACGCUGAAGAAAUCUUUGCAGGUCAGAAGAGUGAUAGCAAAGAAGACAAGUCUGCCGAGAUGAAGAAGGCCAUCACACUCCUAGAGAGUGUUCGGAAUGCCUGGAAGGACCCCAAGCGGACGAUUGCCCCGGAUGCCUCCGUGUUAUUGAACCUGGCGCGGUUAUACGAACUGGAUCAACCCGAGAAGGCGCUGCAGUGUCUCCAGCAGGUCGAGCAGCUUGAAUUAGACCAGAUACCAAAAUCAGAGCGACCUACAGAUGCAGAGAAUGAAGCAGCGGCACAAGUGGAAAUGAGAAAGUUCCUUCCACCCCAGCUUCUGAACAACAUUGGCUGCUUUCAUUCUCAAGCUGAGAAGCACGAGCUGGCUAGCGAGAUGUUUGAGGCCGCCCUAAGCGCAUGUAUGAGAAUUGGCGAAAAGGAACCCGGUAUGGAUACGGACGCAUUGGUUUCGAGCAUCAGCUUCAACCUCGGCAGAAGCUACGAGUCUAGGGGAUUAACGGAUAAGGCAAUGGAGGUUUACGAAGGCCUGCUGGCCCGCCACGAUGAUUACACGGAUGCUCGCACCAGAUUGGCGUAUAUCAAACUGCGAAAGAACCCUAAUAAGGAAGGCCCAGAUGCAGUCGCCAAGUUGUACCAGGAGAACACUAGUGACUUGGAAGUUCGAGCUCUGUACGGUUGGUACCUCGGCAAGGUGCACUCCAGAAAACGACCAGCCAACAUCGUGGAAGACCCUGAAUUCCGCCAUUACAAGCACACCUUGCAGAACUACGACAAGCAUGACAAGUAUGCUCUCAUUGGCAUGGGUAACCUGUAUUUACUGCAAGCCAGGGAAAUGCGGCGUGAGACGGAGUCUGAUAAGCAGAAGCGAAGUGUUAUUUAUGGCAAGGCCGUAGAGUUCUUUGAGAAGGCCCUCUCACUAGACCCUAAGAACGCCUAUGCUGCUCAGGGUGUUGCCAUUGCUUUGGUGGAAGACAAAAAGGACUACAAGAGCGCUCUCACAAUCUUCAAUAAGGUUCGAGAGACAGUGAGAGAGCCUCACGUGUAUGUCAAUCUCGGCCAUGUCUUUGCGGAACUGAGACAAUACUCUAAAGCAAUCGAGAAUUACGAAAUUGCUCUCACUAAGGACGGAAAAGCCAACGAUCCGGUCAUUUUGUCAUGUCUAGGUCGUACAUGGCUGAACAGAGGCCGCUCAGAGAGGGACAUUGACGCCUACGGCAAGGCCCUCGAGUGCGCGCAACAGGCUCUUGAGGUUGCACCGGACCAAGUGCACUACAAGUUCAACGUAGCUUUUGUGCAAAUCCAACUCGUCACUACGAUUCAAAACUUGCCCGAGAACAGAAGAACUGCCGAGCAACUUGAGACAGCCGCCGCGGGUCUCGAGUCUGCCAUCGAAUCACUAGACGCAAUUGCCACACUCCCUCAAACUCCAUACCCCAAACACGACAUUGAACAACGUGCCAACAUGGCCCGCAACACACUCCGCAAACAGCUCGAACGAGCCAUUGCAAAACAAAAGGAAUGGGAGGAGAAGAAUAAAGAGAAGAUCCAAGCUGCCAAGGAGCAACGUGAGGCCGAGCUCAAGCGCCGCGAGGAGCAACGCCAAGAAAUCCUCGAAAAGGAGCGAGAGCGUCAAGAAAAGAUCCGCAAGGAGCGAGAGGCCAUCGCCAUCCGAGAUCGAGCCCUCGCCGAACAACGCGCCGAGGAGGAACGCCAGAAGCAGGAACUUGAAAUGACCACGGACGCGGAGACGGGUGAAAAGGUGAAGAGGAAGAGCAAGGCGGCAGGGCGCACUGGUGAAGGAAGACCCAAGAAGACACCCAAGAAGAAGAAGGCAGCCCGUGACGAGGACGAUUCAGAGGAGGAGUCGCAUACCAAGAAACGGAGGCGUCUCACGAAGAAGGAGUCGUCGAAAUUCAAGUCUGCAGAGAUUGUUGUUGAUAGCGACGACGAGCAUGAAGAUGAUGACGAUGCCCUGGAACGAGCGGAGAGGGAAAUGGAGCGCGAUGGAAUGCCCGCGUCAGACGACGACGACGAUCUCGCAGCUGAUAAGAUGGACGUCGAUGAGGAUGAUGCGCCUGCUCGUAGCGGUGCUGAGGACGAAGACGAAGAUACCGCUGCUCGACAGGCUAAGCGUUCGAGAAGAGGGCGAAUAGUGGAGGAGAGUGAGGAGGAGGAAUAG